GCCACAGCUUCAGUCUUAAUUCAACGCUCAGCUCAGAAACAAAACUCACGGAUUUAUUACCUUCAAAAUGAUAUACUUCAAAUUCAGUUGGCUGCUAGUCGUCGUUCUACUCUUCAUUUCCUCGCAAAAUGCUCACGCUGCUCGAAAACGAAAGGGAAAGCCGAAAUUUUCAUUUCCCAAAAUUGAAAUAAAUAUCCACCAUAACAAUAUUCAAAUUGGCUGAAAAUGGAUUUAUUUAAUAAUAUCUUACAGUAGUUGUUGAAUAAUGUUACACCGUAGUAGUAAUAUGUUUUGCCAUUAUAUGGUUGCUUUAAAAGAUUACUUAUUAUACGUACUCUAAAUAUAUUUAAAUUUAAUUCACACAUACACAUUCUGGUUGAGAUAAGAGACCUGUAUAGAUUUCGCUGUUCCUUGUUUUAAAUAAAAACAAUUUCAAAUAUGUCUCAUUUCCAA